AUGCCCUCGAUAGAAAAGAUCCCGGCGAUGAGAGCCCAGGUACUCACCAUCAUGGCCACCAGAGCCCAAGACCAGCAGCUUGUUGGCUCAGUCGCCGGCCAGCACGGGGUGCAGAGCCGAAGCGACCUGGCUGGAGCCCGAGAUCCCAGGCAGGACACGGGAAAGGUGGUUCCCGCGUUCGGUUGGCACCCGUGGUUCUCUUACCAGAUCUACGAUGAUACUCUACCGAGCAAAGACCGCACCUACGACCCGGGCCGGGCUGAUGGCGGCGAUGAUGGCCUGCUGCAGGAAAAGGCUCGCCAUCUCGCCGCAGUGCUCAGCCCGGCGCCCCAGGACACCGAGUUCGCGACCAAGAUGCCAGAGCUGGUCUCGCUGUCCAGCCUCCUCGACCAGACGAGGGGUUUCCUACGGGACCACCCUCUGGCUCUGGUGGGAGAGAUAGGCGUUGACAAAGCUUUCCGCCUCCCCCAGCCUUGGCACGAGGACGGAACUCCGCUGAGCCGCGACGAGGGCCUGACCCCGGGCGGCAGAGAAGGGCGGCUUCUAUCGCCACACCGAGUGAAGAUGGCUCACCAGGCGAGCAUACUCAAGGCGCAACUGAAGUUGGCCGGGGAGAUGGGACGCGCAGUGAGCGUGCACGGUGUGCAGGCUCAUGGCAUCUUGUUUGAUACCUGCUCGGCCUGCUGGAAGGGCCACGAGAAGGAGGUCAUCUCCAAGCGGCAGAAGAAGAUGGUCGCCCCGGGGGCCGAGGAUUUCUCCUCUUCAUCAUCCGAAGACGAGGAAGAGGAGAGCGAGGGCAACAUCGCGAAACCACGACAGGCCUCGAGGCCUCGACAACUGGAUCCAAAACCCUAUCCUCCGAGGGUAUGCCUCCAUUCCUUCAGCGGGCCAGUCGAGGUGCUCAAGCAGUACAUGGAUCCCAGGAUACCGGCCAAGGUUUAUUUUUCAUUCUCCCUUGCAGUGAACUUCUCUACGCCUGCGAGCCAGGAAAAGACACCGGCGGUAAUCAAGGCGUGCCCGCCCGACCGGCUGUUGGUUGAGAGCGACCUGCACGUCGCGGGAGACCAGAUGGACGCAGCACUAGAGGGCAUGUAUCGGAAAGUGUGCGCCAUCAAGGGCUGGGCUCUUGAGCAAGGUGUGCAAAGGAUACGACAAAAUUAUGAAGCGUUCAUAUUCGGAUGA